AUGAAUCCAGAUCAGCCAUCAAUUGGCGAACGCAGAGGGCAUCGACUUGCGCCCUUACAAACCAAUUUCAGUCGACCAGCUGCUCAAAAACGGCUACAUCGCCCUCGGCCAACCGAGUACCCCAGCACCAAUGGAUCAGAAAGUCCCAUUCCGCUCCAGGCCCAGGGCCCCGUUAAACGGCAAUCUUCUAAAACGAGUCUGCGCAAUCUCUUUGGUCAUAAGUCUUCGCGCGCCGACCCCAAAUUAGAGGAGAUUAUAGAGACACAGCCGGAACCUCAAACUGCCAUUCUCUGGGAAACCCCCAUGUCGCCCUCUAUCACGAGCCCCGGCACUAUAGACUCCAAUCCCACCGUUACCUCCCCGACAGAACCAUCACGCGCAAACUUGAGGGCCUCCCGUCCGAAACUCGAUCCCAAACAUGCGAACCAGGAACAGUAUGGCUGGAAGCCUCCACCAUUGUUCCAGGCCUAUCCCCAAUCCACCAAGCAUGACUGCCUCCCGGCGCCUGCUCUCUCUGCGGAUUCCAUCUUGCGCCUGCACGCCACAACCGCCAGGAGCUCUACCGAUGACAACCCUAUCAAUCCGUUGGAGCAGAACGAGGCCGCCGAUGCCGCUCGUAAAAAGCGGGAGCAAAGGCAAAGGAAGCAUCUCCGGACACUAUCUGGUACCAUUAACAAGGUGGAAUGGACUCAGAAAAUAUAUGUCCUGGCAACUACGGGUUACAUCCUCCAAUAUGCAGGCGAAGGAAAGCACGACCGUCUUCCGGAGAGGAUGCUGCUGCUAGGACCCAACUCUGUCGCAUUUGCUAGUGAUGCUAUUCCUGGGAAACAUUGGGUAGUCCAGGUCUCUCACAAUCCGACAGAUGAUGAUUCCGCCGUACCGGAGGCCCCCAAGCCUCGAUUCUCGCGCUUUGGCUUCCACAAACAUAAUCCCCGGCGGUUUUCGCGCAACUUUCUUCUAGUGUUCGACAACCCCGAUGCUAUGAUCGGUUGGUUGGCCGCUGUUAGAGCUGAGAUCGAAAAACGGGGAGGGCGCAAAUUCACGCAAGAGAAGCAGUCGGAUGAAGACACGAUGCCUCAACUGCGGUCCAAAUCGAACGUUCGCCAAAUGGUGAAGAAAGAUCCCCAUCGCAUUUCCAGUCUUUUCCUCCAACCUCAGACCCUCCAAUCACCCACCAAGGAGGAAGAUGGCCAGGCUGUCGGUACAGCAUGGCCAUGUCGCCGCAGCUCAUAUGUGUCGAUUAAUCGUCGUUCACUAAUCGAAUCCCGAUCUGGAUCGGUGUCGACUGGCCGAACCGAGGCCACAAAUCCUACCAAUGGCUCUGCUUCUAUCGGGUCUGACAUUCGUUCUUCGUCACUUACUUCUUCGAGUAUACCCAACUCGCCGCCGAUAGGCGCCGGCGCUUUCAGGUCUGACGAGCCUCUGCCGGAAGAUCUUGACCGAAUCUACACGCGUAGCCCGCCGCCUUCUAGUCAUGAGCGACAAUCCUUAUAUAUGCCCAUGCCACAUCAGCCUCCCCCCAUUACCGACUUCACAGAGGAGCCACAACCGAAUCACCAACCACCUGUUCCCGAAACUCACAUCCGCUGUGCUUCGCCUCCAGCGCCUAAUUUCAGUGUCCCCUCGUUUAGCAAGAAAUUCGUUCCGAGAUCUGGGCCGACCCCCGUCCCUCAUGCCUCCCCUCCUUCAUCAAUCAACGGCUUUGCACACCGUGCUGAGACCGACCCAAAUAUUUUCGCUUUUGCAUCUCCUCCGCAAUCUCCGACAUUCAGCGUCGCCAGCUCACGCUACACGGAUUCAUCGGAGCCCAGGCGCGUACUACGACCCUCCAAUUCAGAAGAUGCCCUGGCCAAAACCGUCCGUUCAGCACAGAAUGCCCAAAACUUCUCUCGAACGCCCAGAACAGCCCCUCCUACAGGCCCCCUACCUGAUCCCAGAGCAUCUUCCCGUCCACUCAGCCUAGUUGGCCGCCCUGUCCUGGGUCGUAAAAGCGUCAAUUCAACCCAGGUCCAACCUAUACCGCCGCCGGUAGAACCAAUACCGCGCAAGAGAGUCUCCACUGUGAACCCCGACAAUCAAACUCAUCUAAGCAUGUCGCGCCGCAAGAGCAUGCCCGGUAUUGGUUUAACAAUCGGGCCUCCAUCUGCACCACCGCCCAACUGCCCACUCCCUAAGCUCCCCUCGCCCGCUCCUCCUAUCGCCAAUACCACUCCCCCUCUUCCUUCCACCGACACUACCGCGCCACAGAUGCUAUCCCCCUUCUCUGCAACGUCCCCAACGGAACGAUUCUAUGGAUCCGGGUCAGUGCGGGAUCACGUCGAAGAUCGGAAGAGCGGUGUCGAUUCCGUAACCAAUGAGCCAGCAACCAAUGUCCCACGAAAUCCGCGAUAUUCGAAACUGAUCAAGGUUCAGACUCCCAUGGUCUAA